UUGGCGACAACCUUUUGACCAUUUCUGACCACGCUAACCACUCUUCUCACUGCUUCUGACCACGCUUCUGACCAACGCGUCAUUGUUCUGACAAGUUUUGAUAGCCGCGUACGCCAGAAACAUGCCCGGGAAGCUGUUUUACUGCGACGACGAAAAGGACCUCGUAACAGAGCUUGUACGAAAGUACAAGUGUUCAAUCGAGAACAAGAAAUCCGAUACCGUGUCGCUGACGAGAAAGUUGAAGGCAUGGGAAGCUUUGACUGCCGAGUUCAACAGCGCUGAAAAUGUGCGGCCGCGCACUGUCGCCCAACUACGGAAGCUAUGGGACAACAUGAAGCAGCGAUGGAAAAAAGAAAAAGCAAAGCAAAUAAGGGAUGCCAUGGCUACAGGUGGUGGGCCGCCGCCGGAACCGAUGGAUGAUCGGCUAUUGCAGAUCGAGGCUGCAGUUCCCCAUCUAUCGGAACGGGUCAACAACCCCUACGAUAGCGACCGACCACCAUCAACGCAACCGGGCGAUCGCGUGGCCGAUAAAAUCGCCAGAAUGACCCAGAGCAACGCGGAGGACAGUGACGACGAUCGUACCCUGGAAUUAAGCAGCACUGACUAUGCGUACAUGGAUUCUGCAAAUGCAAGAUCACCGUUACCAGCAGACCCUACUGAGGGCUCAUCUGAGCCUGUGCAAGCCACACAGCAAGCCUCUCAGCCGACUCAGUGCACUGCAACCCAGUCAGCGUCGUCGCAAGAAACAGUGGUUAGCCGGCGUGCGCUUUUGCAGCAGACGCUAUCCACUGAACUGGACUCCCGGCUGCAAGUGUUGCAGGAUGAAAGAUGCCAAAGAGCCACAGAGCACAAAGCCAGAAUGAGAAUGAUGGAAGAGGAACAUGGAUGGAAAAGACAGCAAUAUGCCGACGAGGAGAAGAAAAGAAGUUAUUUGCACAGGAUGCAACUGCGGCUUCUGAGGGCUAAACUGAAGGUCUCCUCAAUGAAAGCGGAAGUUCUUGCCAAGCAGCUGGCCGGUGAUGAGGCAAACUAGCUUAAAUAAACAAGUUGUUACAGUAUUUCGU